AUGGAUGGCAACAGGGUUGUGGAAUCAGAAAAGAGGCCACGAAAACAAAGGAGAAGACUGGCAAAUGGAAGAGAAGAACCUUUGAAUCACGAUGAGGCAGAGAAACAGGACGAAGGAGAGGAAAUCGUUUCCAGUGAGAGCUCUAUGAUGGGAAAAUUUAAUUCAGGAAACACAAUGACAACAAAAAAUGGUGGUGUUGCCCUCUUUUUCUUCUCUCUUUUUCUUCUCUCAAGUAAGUUUUGUGCCACAAAUAUGUUAUUUUCAAUUGGGCUGAACUAUGGUCGUAUUGGGAAUAACUUGCCAUCUGCAUAUCAAUCCAUAGAAUUUCUUAGAUCCAUGAAAGCAGGCAGUGUGAAGCUCUAUGAUGCCAACCCUGAAAUCCUGAGACUCUUAGCAGGAACCAACAUCCAUGUCUCCAUUAUGGUUACCAAUGAUGAAAUUAUCAACAUUGCUGCCAAUCAGACCACAGCAAACAAAUGGGUUGAAGACAAUGUCCUCCGCUACUACCCUGAAACCAUGAUCCGAACCAUUCUCGUUGGUAAUGAAGUUCUCAGCGACUGUUCAGAUGCAGGAAAACAGAUUUGGAAUCAUCUUGUGCCUGCAAUGCGCAGAAUUAAGAUCUCUCUGAGAGCUCAGGAUAUUCGUAACAUCAAAGUAGGUACUCCACUAGCCAUGGACGUGGUGCAAACAGCAUUUCCACCAUCCAACGGGACUUUUCGGCCUGAUAUCUCCAGUACAGUGAUGGUGCCAUUGCUAAAAUUCUUAAACAGUACCAAGUCAUUUUUCUUCAUUGAUGCCUACCCUUAUUUCCCAUGGGCUGCAAACUCGCUCAACAUAAGCCUCGAUUUCGCACUGUUUCAAUCAAACGUCCGAUACACCGACCCUGGCACGGGCUUAGUCUACACCAAUCUCCUGGACCAAAUGCUGGACUCUCUUGUUUUUGCCAUGACCAAACUUGGAUAUCCCAAUAUCCGGCUUUCCAUAGCUGAAACUGGCUGGCCUAAUGCAGGCGAUAUCGAUGAAGCUGGGGCUAACGUUAACAAUGCAGCUGUUUACAAUCGGAAUCUUGUUAGAAAGAUGACUGCUAGGAACCCAGUCGGCACGCCGGCUAGACCUGGGCAGAGAGCAUUAGCAGACUAUGAACCACUACCUGCAGCACAUAAUAACAUGCCCUAUAAAGGCAAAUUAUGGUGUAUAGCAGCACCAGAUGUCAAUCUGACAGAGUUGGAAAGGGAAUUGACUUUUGCGUGUAGUCAAGGAGCCAGGGGGCCAAUUGCUACUUCAAUGGACUGGCUCAGCAGACCACCAGUAAUCCAAGUCGAGGAUCAUGCCAGUUCCCCAGUGUGA